UUCCCUACUCCCCCGCCCUCCCCAGGGCCCUAGGAAGGGGCUCAGCGUGGGAAAGGGAUGGUUGAGUCUUAACCGGAGGCAGAGCGUGAGCGGGAUCAGUGUGAGCGGAACGCGAGCAGCCUAGCGCGCAGAGGCGCCGCGGUUGUUAACUCCUCCCUGCCCGCCGCGCCGCCCCUGCCCCGGAGCCUCCGCGCAGCCAGCAUGAAGCGAGCUCACCCCGACUACAGCUCCUCGGAUAGCGAGCUGGAUGAGACCAUAGAGGUGGAGAAGGAGAGUGCGGACGAGAAUGGAAACUUGAGUUCGGCUCUAGGGUCCAUGUCCCCAACUACAUCUUCUCAGAUCCUGGCCAGGAAAAGACGGAGAGGCAUCAUUGAGAAGCGCCGACGAGACCGGAUCAAUAACAGUUUGUCUGAGCUGAGGAGACUGGUACCCAGCGCUUUUGAGAAACAGGGAUCUGCUAAACUAGAAAAAGCCGAGAUCUUGCAGAUGACGGUGGAUCACCUGAAAAUGCUGCACACCGCAGGGGGGAAAGGCUAUUUUGAUGCGCAUGCCCUCGCCAUGGACUAUCGGAGUUUGGGGUUCCGGGAGUGCUUGGCAGAAGUUGCCCGUUACCUGAGCAUCAUCGAGGGACUGGAUGCCUCCGACCCGCUGCGCGUUCGGCUGGUCUCGCAUCUCAACAACUACGCCUCGCAGCGGGAAGCCGCGAGUGGCGCCCACGCGGGUCUUGGACACAUUCCCUGGGGGAGCGCCUUCGGACAUCACCCGCACCUCGCGCACCCGCUGUUGCUGCCCCAGAACGGCCACGGGAACGCUGGCACCACCGCGUCGCCCACGGAAUCACACCACCAAGGCAGGUUGGCCGCGGCACAUCCGGAGGCGCCAGCACUGCGAGCGCCCCCUAGCGGCGGCCUUGGACCGGUGCUCCCCGUGGUCACCUCUGCCUCCAAACUGUCGCCGCCUCUGCUCUCCUCGGUGGCCUCGCUGUCCGCCUUCCCCUUCUCCUUGGGCUCUUUCCAUUUACUCUCUCCUAAUGCACUGAGCCCUUCGGCACCCACGCAGGCAGCGAACCUUGGCAAGCCUUAUAGACCUUGGGGGACAGAGAUUGGCGCUUUUUAAAGAACUGAUACCCUAGAAUGUGGGAGGGGAAAGCUUAAAAUCCCAGCUGAGCUGGACUGUUGCCAACAUCACCUUAAAGUCGUCAGUAAAAAUAAAAAAGGAAAAAGGUACACUUUCAGAUACAUUUUUUAAAAAGACUAAAGGUUCGUUGGUUUACUUUUGUCUUUUUACAUUUUUUAUCAUGUCAUGUAUUAGCAGUUUUUUUAAAAAGCCUAGUUGUUAAUUUUUGUUUAAAACAUUAAAUUGAGAUAGUAUAAACCAACACUUUGUGAUAAGUUUAUACUGUGCCUAAUUUAAUCUGUAAGUCUAUCUGUCUAAGAGUGAUUCCGUUUUUGCCUCAAAGUUUUGAGAAUCUUCAGCUAGUGUUUUGGGUCUGUUUUUCUUGUAUAGUUGUGGUCUGUUUUUAGGAUUAAUUUUUGAAAUCGCUAUGCUCAAUGUUAACAUUCUAUUUGGUAAUAUUUUGACAGAUUAAAGCAUUGUAUAAAUACUAUUCUUUUUGUGGGGGGGAGGGGAUGUGUGGAGGGGAGUCUAUUGAAUUUUAUAUUUCCAAACAAAGCGUUGACAAAUCAGAUGACCAGCUUUACCCAAGAGAGACUAGUUAAUGCUCUGCCUCCUACAGCAGUAAGGUGAAUGUAUAAGCUAUCAGUGGCCCUGAACCCAUAUGACCAACUACUGUUGUCUGCUAAGACUUGCCCUUCUUAGGAGAGCCACCAGUUGUCCAGGUCCCGUUUGGAGUGUUGGCAGGGAAGAGACUGAAGACAGUUGCAUAGAAGAUGCCUAUAUCUACCAAUCUGAAGCCAUGCAAUGACUUUUAAUGUCACGGAUCUCAAAUUCACAAGUUAGCUUGGAUGAGUGAUCCUGGCGUGUGAGUGAGUGGGCAAUUGAAUAGCGCAGUGGAACCUGUUAAAUGCAUAACCUAGUUUCCCCAGAACUGCGUAUUUUAACUGGGAUUUUCUUUGUUGUAUUUUCCUUUAGGUGCAUGAAAAUGUGGUUGUUGAGAUUAAAAAGGGCUUUUCUGCCUUCUUCCUUUAUUUGAUUUGAUUUGGGCUAUCAAAGUAUCCUUUUACAGGUUUAUUCCUUUAGCAGGUGUAGUUCCAACAGCCUCCACUGAACAGGGUCUGACCUCUGUUGUACUGAUGUGUUGUGACUAAAUAAAAAGGAAAGAAAAAGUA